GUCUUGGGUCUGGACGCUUUCUUCGGUAAUCGGGAUCGGUGGUCGGCUCUGUUCUGGGUGACGUUGAUCCCUGCCGCUCUCCAAUCGGUUUUGCUGCCAUUUUGUCCGGAGAGCCCCCGUUUCCUGUACAUUGUGUGUGAGCAGGAGGGCCAGGCUCGGAUCAGUUUGCGGCGUCUCACCGGCCUCCUGGACGUCUCAGACGAUCUCUCUGAAAUGAAGGAAGAGAAGAGACUGAUGGACACACAACAAAAAGUCUCCAUUGUGCAGAUCUUCCGGUCGCGGACGUACAGACAACCCAUCAUGGUGGCCAUCCUCCUGCAGCUCUCCCAGCAGCUGUCUGGUAUUAAUGCGAUCUUCUAUUACUCCACAGACAUCUUCAGUAAAGCGGGGGUGGAGCAGCCCAUCUACGCCACCAUUGGGGCAGGAAUUGUCAACGUGGCAUUUACCGUUGUGUCGCUCUUCCUGGUGGAGCGGGCCGGACGACGGACCCUGCACCUUGUGGGUCUUGCUGGGAUGAUCACGUGUGCGUUGUUGAUGACCACGGCCAUGGUGCUACAGGACACCGUGCCCGCCAUCAGUGCGCUCAGCAUGGCAGCCAUUUUUGGAUUUGUGGCAUUCUUUGAAAUCGGUCCUGGUCCCAUUCCCUGGUUUAUUGUUGCUGAACUCUUCAGCCAAGGUCCUCGUCCCGCCGCUAUGGCCAUUGCAGGCUGCACCAACUGGACCUCCAACUUCAUCAUUGGAAUGGGUUUCCCGUAUGUAGCGGACCUCUGCGGACCCUACGUCUUCCUGCUGUUUGCUCUCUUACUCUUGGGGUUCUUCAUAUUCACCUAUUUCCGUGUGCCAGAAACCAGGGGGAGGUCCUUCGAUGAGAUCGCUCAUGCCUUCCACAGAAGAAACCCCUCCCUGCUGGAGCAGGAGAUAAAGGCCAGCACGGAGCUGGAUAGCCUGGGGGGAGGGGAUGAGAUGUGAGGCUAUGAAGAACCUUUCUAGAACCUCCAUGAUCUGCCCGAUGCAGACCUCACACAUCCGGCCUCCAUUACAUAUCUCUGGGUUUGGACUUUGUGCCAUCAGGGGCCCCAUAGUGUUCAUACAUAGUAAUAGCCACAACCUCCUCCAUUACCUCCCUCUAUGGCCACCACUGCUGAACAUCUCACUGAGGGGGCAUCGGUCUGUAACGCAGCUUCUAACCAGUAUGAGCUACAGUGCCCCCUGCAGGGAGAAGAGAUUGUGCCCCUCAUACAUCAGCAGGCCAGACUCCUGUACAAUGAGUGCUAUGACCCAUCAGGUAUAUAUUCUUCAUGUAUAAAUGUAUAUAUAUAUAUAUAUAUAAAUAUAUUAUUGCUGUGUCAUUAAAAUAUUGUA